AUGAAAUUCACUGUUAACAAAAACCCAAACUCAUCAUGCCGAGAGACGUUGGUGCCUAUUUAUCAGAACAACAGAGGAAAACAUCGGGAGAAGUAGCAUCAGAAUGGGGACAGAUCGAAGAGCUUUACAACAAAAAAUUAUGGCAUCAACUCACAUUGAAACUUCUCAAUUUUGUGAAGAAUCCCAUAUUUUCAAAGGGAGAUGGUCUCAUCAAGAUGUAUGAAAACUUCAUUGCAGAUUUUGAACACAGAAUCAACCUGUUGGCUUUGGCUGAAUUAACUGUGUUUAUAGUCAAACAGAUGACAGAUGUUGAAGCUGCUGUAUCAUUUAUUGAGAAAAUGAAAGAGAAAGUAAAAGCCAGCGAGGAAGCAAAGAUACUGUGUCUGACGACAAUGGGAACAAUAAGACUGAGAACACGUGACUUACCGGCAACAAAGACAAUAGUAGAGGAAUGUAGUGGUCUGUUGGAUAGCUUGGAUGGUGUCACGCCUGUACACGGACGCUUCUAUGAAUUGUCCAGUAACUACCACAAACUAAUGGGGAACCAUGCCAUGUAUUAUCAGGAAGCCCUCAGGUACCUAGGCUGUACCGAUCUCGAGGAUAUACCAGCAUCAGAGCAAGUAGAAAGAGCAUUCAAUCUAGGUUUAGCAGCCAUCUUGGGUGAUGGGGUCUAUAAUUUUGGUGAACUGUUAGCCCACCCUAUCCUGGAAUCAUUGAAGACAACAGAUAAAGCUUGGCUAACAGAUCUUUUGUUUUGCUUCAAUAGUGGAAAUAUCCCCAAGUUUGAAGAACUUAAGAAAUUCUGGGGGGCACAGGCAGAUUUAGCUGCUAAUGAGAUACCAAUGAGACAAAAGAUUUCACUUCUCUGCUUAAUGGAGAUGACUUUCCAGAGACCAGCAACAAACAGACAACUGACAUUUCAUGAAAUUGCAGACCAAACAAGACUGCCUAAUAAUGAGGUUGAGAUGUUGGUAAUGAAGGCCCUAAGUUUAGGUCUUGUCAAGGGAUCUAUUGAUGAAAUUGAUCAGAAAGUACACAUGACCUGGGUUCAACCUCGUGUCCUUGACCUUCAGCAAAUUGCCACAAUGCAGAAGCGCUUGGAACAAUGGACAGAGGAUGUUAAAGGAAUGGAACAACUAUUAGAAGUGAAGGCCAAGGACAUCCUGACAUAAUCACUGCCCUACAUUUUACCUCAUCAUGAUUCAUUGACUGAUAAUAAUAAUUAAUAAGUUCUGAUAUGGUGUUUUGUAGAAAUUCAGAGAUGUAGGAAUUAAAAACAUUCUUACUCUA